AAACCCAAACGUAUGAAUCGAAUUAGUAUGUCGCUCCAUUUCCGGAUGCAAGCAGGAAAAACCCCAUUCUUCCCCUCCCGCAACCCUCUCCGCACCAAAAAUAGGUCCAACCUUUCUCAAACCCUAAAACCAGCCCCAAAAAUGGUCACAAACACCUCAUCCGGAAGACCCAUGUGCCAUUCUUGUUCCAAACCCUCCCGCAUCUGCUUGUGCACUAGAAUCAAGACCCCUUCUCUCAACAACUCAGCGGCCGUCACCAUUCUCCAACACAGUCUUGAGUUAAACCACCCUCUCAAUUCCACCCGAAUCGCCACCCUAGGGCUCAAGAAUCUCAGUGUGGUGUCAGUUUCUGAUGUGAAUUUCGAAGCCCAAUUCGCCAUCAGGCCUCUGAAUUCCAAUUCUGAAAUGGGUUCACACGUGUCUGAGGUUAGGACUAAUGGGUCAUGUUUUGAUUAUCAAGAAACCCAAAAUGGAGGUGGGUAUUCUUCACAAGUUGGGUCUGGUUUAAUUUCUUUCACCAUUCGCAAAUCUGGUGCAGUUAGCUCUUUUAAGCAUCUCUGUAUGCCCCAGAGUCAACUUGAAAACCUUAACUUUGAUCAGUUCUUGACUUCUUCGGUAGUCCUUGAUGCUUUAUCAAAUGGGUUUGUUGUGAAAAAGUGGCAGAACAAGCAGUUGGGUAAUGGGUGCAUCAAAACUGAGGAAAUGGAGGAGUUUGGAAUUAGGGUUCCUCCUGGGUCAGCACUACUUUUCCCAAGUGAAGAUUCAGUUUUGAUUGAGGAUAUAGAUUUUGAGGUGAAGAACUUGAUUGUGUUGGAUGGAACAUGGGCAAAGGCAAAGAGGGUGUACAACGAGAACCCUUGGUUGAAAGCUUUGCCUCAUUUGAAGCUGGAUUUGGACAAGAUGAGCUUGUAUGGUGAAGUGAGGACUCAGCCAAGGGCUGGGUGUUUGUCUACGAUUGAGAGCAUUGUGUAUGCACUGAAGGCUGUAGGGGAUGAAACUGAAACUGAUGGGUUGGACAAUCUGUUGGAUGUUUUUGAGUCCAUGGUUGGUGACCAAAGGCGGUGUAUGAAUGAAAGAUUAAGCCAAAUCUCCCUCUCAUGACUUCUUUAGUACCUUUUCAGCUUGAUUAUGCGCAUAACUCAGUUGAUUCAAUUACAUUGAGUUACAACAGAUUGUUUACUAGAGAAUUUGGAUCUCUCUUGAUUAUAUUUGGUAAAACCUUAGUGUAAACUUUCUCGGUUGGGGCUUGUGUUGUGUGGUGUCCUUCUAGCUAUGUAGGCUCAAUUUAGACGAGUAAUUGAAUUGAAUUCAAUCCCAAGAGUUGCUUGCAGAAUA